GUUUGAUUUUGAGAGGCAGUAGUCAUGGUGAGAGACGAUUCAAGCAGACAACUCUGGAGAGGCGCCUCUCUUUUUGAUCAGCGGCCACGGCACGCCUCAGGGCGAGGCGGAAGGACCUGAAAAACCUGCUGCCUGCGAUUAUUACGCUCAGCGAGGAGCAGCUCAGGAGCAGCAAGUGAGCAAGCGUGGAGCCUCUUCCUCUAAACAUAAACACUUUGAUUUCCACAGAAAGCACACACAGAGGCAUCUCUGGUUGUUUUUAAACUCUUUUGACCUUUGUUUUUGUCUGACCCGUCUGUUCAUACCUGCGGGACUGUCCCUUUAGCAGCACCUGGGACUUAUUUAUUUAUUGGAGUAGCACACACUCUUCUACUCCCUCCUGCCUCUCUCACCAGAUCUUGUGUGUCUGUCAGCCCGCCACUGGGGGACUAUGCCCCUAUCAGUCAACUGAGGGUGGGGGCUCUGCAGCUGCUCACUCUCCCAUCUGGAGAAGGCUUCGGCUGAAAUUAAAGAAGACGGUAAUUGCUGAAGAUGCAAGCUUCAACUGUCUCACCUGGGACCAGCACUUUAAUACCUUCAAACACAACCACCACUACAAAGACCAAAGAACAAAUACUCAUCCAGAGUUCUGGAGCAAUGAUUGCUGUCAUCGUCAUAGGUAUAAUCAUCCUUCUUGCCAUUCUCCUAAUCAUCCUGAAGACAUACAACAGGCGGACACAUGUAUCCAGAGUCCUGGGAGCCAGCGGUGGCUCCAAACCUCGUCCGAAGAUGUCACAAUCCAGCAACAUACCGCUGAGCACCAUGGGAAUCAACUCUGUGUCGGGCAGCAUCUCCAAUUCAAACCCGGCCUCAGAGAAUGGCUUCCAGCUGCCCAGAGUGGAACUGACCAGUGUGGAGGGAAACCACAUAGAGGAAAGCAGCACCAUCAGUGAUUCCACUGCAAUAACCAUACAUGAGUCUCCAUCAGUGACAAACACAUAGCAGCAAGACUGUGGUUCUCCCAACAGGCCCUGACUGAUGUGUCGUCUUCAUCCGUGACCACAUGCUGUGUGCAGACUGAAUCCUGUGAAAACUCAAUCCGUGACUUUGGUGUUUUCACUGGCAAUCUCCACCAACUGAGCCCCAGCUAGCGACUACAAUGAUAACAACAUGUCCUUUUGGUGAGAAAAAAUAUACAUCAGGAACAAAACGGUACCAUAAACAGACAUAACGGAUUGCAUGAAGGAUGUUGAAGGACGGGGAACUGAGAUGUUCUUGAGAAGAUUUGGUUUUCGGCUACAGGCAGUGUUCAGCGUAUAGAUGCCAGACAUUUCUUACGGUGUGUAAUCUUUGCAGGUCACUACUAAUACAAUGCAAAAAACUAUGUGUAGAAAAGACUGUAAUGGCUUGAGAACGUUGCUCAUAAGUGUGUACAUUUCUGUAUUAAAUCACAUAGGUUCAUGACUAAAUUUAGGACUAGUAUAAACUUCAAGGAAGACAAAGACAACAUGAAAGAAAGCUAACUCAGUGUGUAAUGGAUGCCAAUAUGUUUGAGGAAAAUGUGUUGACAUUGCAGAUUUAUUUUGAUCUAACAUUAUUCACAAAAUCUGGUUAACCUUGCAUUAUACUGUCUUUAUUUUCUGAUCACAGAUUCUCUCAGAUUAGUUUUUGUUCAAGAAAUCUAAAAAAUGUCAGUGUACUUUUUUAUUACCUAAGACCGCAAAGAUAUUCUAUGAGACAUCUGGGUGUCAACCUAAGAAGCUAAUGUGAAUCCUUUGUAGUUUGAUGCCAAAGGAUUUUGCACUUUAUUUCUAUUGCUUCCUGUAUUUGUAUUUUUUUGUGUUUCUU